AAGCACCGGACAUGCUUCCGGCAUUUGGGAAGUAAUUAAAUACCUCCCAGGUUGACAGUUGACCGUCAUUUGAUAGCCGAAAUUUGUGAAAUAAGGGAAAGUUAAGGAUGAAAGUGUUAGCACUUAUUACCUUCCUGGGCAUUCUGAGCGCCGCAGUGGCCCAGUCCUGUGUUGGUCGCCCUAAUGGAACAUUUCUGGCCGACAGCAAACGAUGCAACUACUACUAUUCAUGCAACAACGGAAUAGCGGUUUCGCUAAGCUGCCCUAGCGGAUUUCACUUCAACGCCCAACGACAGGCAUGCGACUAUCCAACCACGGCCGGUUGCGUCAAGUGUCCGCGGGAAGGUUUCGUGAACUUGGCCGUGGCAGGAGCUUGCCGGAAAUUCAUCCAAUGCUUCAAGGGAGUCGCAACGGAGCGUGAAUGUCCCAAAGGAUUGUUGUUUGACAGUACCUUCGCUCAGUGUAACUUGGAGCAGUUAGUGAGAUGCUGAUAGAGCUUCGUUUAAGACGAUAUUUAGUUGUUCUAUGAAGACCGUAAUAUAAUAAAACGUGUUUACAUUCCUGA